AUGUUCAAAACAGUAAUUAGAAGUACAAUCAUACCUGCUAAAAGGGCUGUCUCGAUUUCAUCCCGCCCCUUCACCUCGUCAAUCCACCCUUGGGCAUUGAAGGCGUCUUCGUUGACGGCUGAUGAUUUUUCCCUAACCAAGGUUAAAAACCCCCAACUGUCAGAUAAUAACAACCUUCCGCUCCACAUCGCACUCACAGAAUCGGCGGCUAAGAAACUCACCAAGCUGGCAGAGGAGGAAAACAAGGACGAUCUGGCCCUUCGGCUUGUUGUAUCAUCUGGUGGGUGCCAUGGAUUCCAGUAUGAUUUAAAAAUCACAGACUUAUCCGAGUUCAGUGAGGAAAACAACGACUCAUUGUUUGAGAGAGACGGCGGUAAAGUUAUAGUUGACAAAGAUGCAUUAGAAAUCAUGAGAGACUCCAAAAUUGAUUACGUGAAACAGUUAAUUGGAGAAGGCUUCAAGAUUGUUGAAUCGCCAUACACAAAAUCUAGUUGUGGUUGUGGGUCUUCAUUUGAUAUUGACUUUGAUAAACUACAGGGUCAAUAG